AUGUCACCUUCGUCAGUUGGCCUUAUCGACAUUCUCUUUCACCCAUGGGAUCUUGAAAGGACCGAUACUUUCAUGUCAAAUUGGAUUUCAACGUCAUAUAAAAUUACAGCAGCAUAUUUAUUAGCAAUUUAUUUGGGCCAAAAAUUUAUGCGAAGCAAAAAACCUCUGGAAUUAGAUGGAACGUUGGCAAUGUGGAAUUUUAUGUUCUCGCUAUUCUCAGCUGUAGCCGCUUAUAAUCUGGUUCCUGAAUUAUUCGAAACGCUGCGAAACGAUGGCUUUGUGGGUAGCUACUGCAAUAACAACAAAUUCUAUACGGAUGCUUCAACAGGUUUCUGGGGAUGGGCUUUUGUGAUGUCUAAAGCUCCUGAACUUGGUGACACAAUAUUCUUAGUUCUCAGGAAGAGGCCAGUAAUCUUUAUGCAUUGGUAUCACCAUGCUCUAACAUUUGUCUACGCUGCUAUCACAUAUUCAGAACAUCAGGCAUGGGCGAGAUGGUCACUAGCAUUGAAUCUAAUCGUUCAUACCAUUAUGUAUUUCUACUUCGGAGUACGCGCUCUGAAGAUCGACACUCCACGACCGGUGGCCAAGUUCAUCACUACUAUCCAGAUUGUCCAAUUCGUCAUAAGUUGCUAUAUCUUUGCUCAUCUCAUUAUUAUCAAGAUGUAUAAUCAGAUUCCGGACUGCGCUGCCAGUUGGAACGUCUUGUCAAUCGGAGGUCUCAUGUAUCUCAGCUAUCUGUACUUAUUCGCUGAGUUCUUCUACAAAGCCUACAUCAAGAAGCGAUCACCCACAAAAAACAAGUCCGACUGA